AUGGAUUACGAUCAACCUCAUCUAAAAACGAGCGAAUAUUUUGAAUUCACUCCCGGGGCGCCUCAUUAUUCGGUUACAGAGUUGUCAUUAACAAAUCUUUCCUCGUCGCCUCUCUCAACCUCAGGAUCGUCUAUCAGCACCCGGCCUCAGUUUCAUGAAUUGCCAUUGCAGCCUCAUCAUCCAAAAGGCUCUGCAUGGGGUCUGUGGGGCGCCCACGACGAGCGUGGGACACUGAAUCUUUUAUCGGAAGAUGUGGUUCGUGCCGCUGGUAUGGAGGUUUUGGAUGGAAAAGUGGUUAGUUUAAACCUACCAAUAGAUGUUCCUCUGAAGCCAAUGAACCCUCGAAGGAAGAAAUGUUCCCAUACAAUAAUCGCGAAGGGCCACGCGAACGACGAUGAGAUUGACUUCAAUACCCAAAGCUCCAGCCACUGGGAUGGACUGCGCCAUUUUCCUUAUUCGGAUUCCAAAAUCUUUUAUAACGGAGUUACCCAAGACGAUAUUUCCGGUCCUGAUGCAAAUACGAAAAUUGGAAUACAAAGUCAGUCCACAUUGAGAAUUAUACCACCAAUACUUACUGAUACAAUUUCUGCAGACCUUGCUACAAAACCCAUAGUAUCACGCGGCGUUCUUCUAGAUUGGUAUUCAUAUGCCCAGCGCGAAGGCCUGCAAACCAGCCCUUUUACCAACCAAGCCAUUCCACUUUCUCAUCUUGAGAAUAUUGCAACAGAGCAAGGUAUCACUUUCAACCAAGGAGAUGUUCUGCUUAUUCGAACGGGGUGGACAGCCGCAUACCACCAACUAUCCGAAGGAGAAAAAGAGAAUCUAGGCGGACGGGAUGACCGAGCCUCCUGUGGAGUUGAAGCGACCGAGGAAAGCAUUCGUUGGCACUGGGAACAGGGCUUUGCCGCUGUCGCCAGUGAUACUGUGGCUUAUGAGGCUUGGCCUUCACCCAAAACAUGGGGUGUUAGCAUGCACGAGGCAAGUUUUCAACUGAAAAAGAUUUUUGCAGUUUUCUUGAGUGGAUGGGGAAUGCCGAUCGGGGAAUGUUGGGACUUGGAAGAGCUGAGCCGUACAUGCCAGGCCCUUGGUCGAUGGACUUUCAUGCUGACGAGCCAGCCGCUGAAUGUGCCUGGAGGAGUGGCUAGUCCAGCAAAUGCUACAGCUAUAUUUUAG